AUGGGCAAUCAGGGAUCAUCACCGCAUGAACCGCUGGAUCAUGUCCAGGCGCAGAAUCCAGAUUUGAAAAUGAAGUCGUCAGUGCGAGGGUCUGUGCGGCGGGCACGCGCAGCUGGCGCGUUGUCCCCGCCGCGCGCAGGCAUGGAGCGCCUGCGCCGGUCGUUCCGGGAGUCUUUCCGUCGGCGUAAAGGAAGCCCGCCCGAAUCGGCAAGGCCGCACCAAUGGCACGCGGAUGAGGCAGCCGUCCGAGCUGGUACCUGCACCUUCCCGGUCAAGUACCUCGGCUGCGUUGAGGUCUUCGAGUCCCGGGGUAUGCAGGUCUGCGAGGAGGCUCUUAAGGUGCUUCGGAAUUCACGUCGACGUCCCGUAAGAGCGGUGCUGCAUGUAAGUGGAGAUGGCCUCAGGGUAGUGGAAGAAGAGACUAAGGGUCUCAUAGUGGACCAGACUAUUGAGAAGGUGUCGUUUUGUGCCCCGGACAGGAACCACGAACGGGGAUUCAGUUAUAUUUGCCGCGAUGGAACGACGCGUCGCUGGAUGUGUCACGGGUUCCUGGCGUCACGUGAUAGUGGCGAGAGGCUUUCGCACGCAGUGGGUUGCGCCUUCGCAGCCUGCCUUGAGCGCAAGCAACGCCGGGACAAGGAGUGCGCCGUGUCUAUGAGCAUUGAUGCCGCUUCACAUGCCUUUACGCGGCAAGGAUCCUUCCGGAAGUCGGUGAUCGGUCGUCGCGUGUCAGAGGCAGACGCUGGUCCGCCGGUGACUCCGGCUCCCCUGGCGACGCCCCCUAAUCCAAAAGCACCGAGCCCUGCCCCAGUGCCAAUUGCGCCCGUCGUGCCCCAGAGCCAACGCCCCGCGCCCCACAAUCCCUUCGCUGUGGAGCGCCCCCACGCUGCCCCACAUCUGCUGGAGAGACAGGGCUCGUUCCGCGGCUUUGCUCAUCUCAAUAACAAUUCUCCAUUCAAGCGCCAGAUGUCGCUACGAAUCAGCGAGCUACCGUCAAACGUUGAGCGACAACGAUUGGGGCUCGGUUCGCCCGCGACCCCGCCUUUGCCCGCCCCGCCCAUUCCCGCUUUGCCCACGAUGCCCGCCUUGCCUGCGCUGCCCGCACCUAAUGAUAUUGAAGCUAUAGAGGACGCGGAAUCUGACCCAGUGGCUGAAAUGUGUCAGCAGCUGUCUCUCGGGCUCCGGGCCCUCACGGAGGAGCCGGUACCCGCAGCGGUGGGUGCUCUGCCCCAUCCCGAGGCGUGGCUGGGGCGCGUCGCCCGGGCUCCGCCCUUGUCAGCCGGCGGAAGGGCCGCUUCCUUCGCGGGACACGCCACUACCAACCCUUUUCUUACACCCGCACCCCUCUAA